AUGUUCGCCCGCUAUCUUGCUCUUAUUGCGGUUACUGUCGCUACUGUUGCCGCCAACAAGCUUUGUGGUGAUCCACUGUGCUGGAAGGAAGUUGGUCAUGCCUCUUACUGUAAGGAUUACGCGCAACAUCCAGCUGGGCGUGUUUGCCAGACUCUCGAUCCCAAGGACGCAAGACGCAUUCCCUGCGAAUGUGCUAAGCCAACGAAACCUCCCCAUGGGGAUUGUACUCCCGGUGAUGAAUUCUGUCGCUUGGCGACACGCGGUGGUGUCUGUGAGAGGUCGCCGGGCAGCAAGUUCGUCGGCAAGUGCGUUGGUGGUGCCAAACCUUUUGCGUGGCCAUGUAUCUGCCUCUAG